AUGGCGAUUGGGAGAUUUUAUGAUGUCAACGAAGAAAAAUCUGCCUUCUUGUGCGAUAUAAAGAUAGACGUAUUGACGUUUGUUGAUAUGCAUAGCGGUUCCAUUGUUGUUAACCUUGUUCUCAAGGUUUACAUGGCGAGUGUCAUCGAUGGAAAAGAAGAUGCUUACUAUUCCGGAACACCUGGUCUUGUUUCUCAUAUUUCUUCCGGAGUCUCCGCUAUCGACAGCCUCCUUGGGCCUAUAGGAGCAUAUGAAGAACCGAGGACAAUUCAUGACAAUAAUUAUAUAGACAGACUCAGUCAUCACUACACCAUCAUGUUGCUUUUCUUCUUCAGUACUUAUCUGACGACAGAAGAGUAUGUGGGGGAUCCAAUCCAGUGUUGGUGCCCUGAACAUUUCACAGACGAAGAGGUCUACUACACAAAUGCCGUAUGUUGGGUUAGCAACACCUAUUACAUACCCUUUACCAACGUCAUUCCACCUCAGUAUGAGCUCCGAGCAACGUAUGAGAUCAGCUAUUACCAAUGGACACCAAUUAUACUUCUGCUGAUGGCACUUACCAUGUACCUACCUAGAAUGUUCUGGAAAUACCACAUCAAUCGUUGUGGCAUCACAAUCAAGACAAUUCUGGAAAUAUGCUACAAUGCACAGAACAAGAAAAAUCCCAAAGAACGUGACGCUGCACUGAAGAAUUUAGCAACUUAUAUUGGGAAGUACUGUUAUAGUGUUCAUCUGUAUAGGGCAGGCCUGUGUCCAAACUUACGGGAAAUAUUCGCGAAAAAAUCAUGUAUCAAGAUAGGGAGGCAUCAUGGAAAUAAUAUUGUUACCCUUGCCAUUUUUGUUAAGUUUCUCUAUGCCAUUAAUGUCUUGCUUCAUUUAUUCUUUCUCAAUGAAUUCCUUAGUCACAAAUUCUACAUAUUUGGUUAUGAGGCGGUGAUCAACUUCCUGGAGGGAGGACAGAAGGAGUUGUCUCCUAGGUUUCCUCGUGUCACUUUAUGUGAUUUUGACAUGCGACAGAUUUCAAAUGUCCACCGAUAUACCCUGCAGUGCGUGAUACCUGUAAACUACUAUAAUGAAAUGUUCUUUGUUCUCCUGUGGUUCUGGCUUACUAUCCUAGCUGUACUUGCAUUUGCUAACUUUUCUUUCAGUCUCCUGUCGACGUUUGUGCCAAUAAACCAAAAAUCGUUCGCUAAGAAAUACCUGCUUUUAAAAAACGAAGACGAAUAUACUGGAAAAAGAGCUUUUCCAAAGUUACUGAAUCGAUUUUUAAAACGGUACUUAAGAAGAGAUGGACUAUUCAUAUUAAAACUUAUUUCCAAACAUUCAAAUACGUUCCUCUUGAUAGAACUUGUGCAUCAUUUAUGGAAGGACUUUUUAAAUCGGGGAGGACAUAAAGGAAUAAAAAGAAUUUCUACUUUAAAGAAGACUGUUAAGUUACGAAAACCGGACUUAGACGAAACAGUGCCUCUCCUAGUAAAAAAUGGAGUGUUGGCAAGCAUUUUAGAAAAUCCCGUGCAAGCAAAACCGGAGAAGAGGGUCAGGUUAGAUGUACCUGAUGAUAACAAACUACCCGAGUCGUACAAAAGAAAGUCUUAUUGA